CGGAACGUUAAUGUCAAAAUAAUCGAACGUCUUUCAUUUUUCAUCAAUUACUUAUUUCAUUUUACAUAAAUACAACUAAAAUGACCGCUGGAGACACGAAAGUGCCAGGAGAAGAUAAUGCUUUCAAGGCGUUUAUGAGCGCUCUUUAUAGAACGGUUGAUGCACCAGUAACAUGGUUCCGAGAGUCGAUCGUGGAGCCCAACCAGCAGAAGUACCCGUGGUACCACCAGAAGUAUCGCCGAGUACCGACUAUCGAUGAGUGCUACACUGACGACGUAGUGUGUGACUUCGAGGCGAACGCACAAUUCAAACGUGAUAGAGCUGUAGACUCUGAAAUCCUGUCCAUCCUCCGUCAGCGUUAUGAAGACUGUAUGCUGUAUGAGGCUCCGGACCACCUGACCGUUUGCAAAUCUCUGUGGGACAAGUACAAGGAUGCUGAGGAGGCCUGGUUUAUUAAAUAUGGCGACCUUGGAGGAUAUGCUGAUGCCAGGAAAUGUUACAUGAAACAAAAACAUCGUAUGAUUUGGGAGAAGCGCAAUGGUCCCCUGUCGAACCAAACUAAGUAAAUGAAGUUUUGAAUUAGUUUCCUGUACAUGUUAUAAUGUAAUAUAGACAUUGGUCUGCUAUAAUAAAUCAAAGUUUAGUAUUUA